GACACGUACCCUGUGGCCUGAGCUGCCACCCUGAUAAGAAGCACAUUCUCUAUCCCCUGGGCUGCACUGUGGUCAUUCAAGAGCUGGACAGCAAGAAGCAGACUUUCUUGCAAGGCCACACUGACAACGUCUCCUGUGUGGUCCUGUCCAGGGAUGGGGUGCAUGUUGCCUCUGGACAAGUCACCUCCAUGGACUCUAUGGCAGACAUCAUUCUCUGGGAUUUCAAGCAGAAGGAGCUGCUUGCUCGGCUCUCCAUGCAUAAGGGUCGAAUUGAAGCCCUGGCUUUUUCACCCAGCAGCCUUUACCUUGUAUCACUGGGAGGCCAGGACGAUAGCAGGGUGGUUGUGUGGCACGUGGGUAAGAGAGAGGCUGUCUGCGGGAGUCCUGUCUCGCCAUGCAGAGCGGGGAACGCAACCGUUGUGGUGUGCUCCAGCUGCAGGGACGAGAUGUUUGUUACUGCUGGAAAUGAGACUGUUCGAGUGUGGGAGGUGGAUCCAGUAACCAAGAAAAUCGAACCAGCUGAAUGCUGGAUGGGGAAACUGAGAAGAGUGAUCGUGUGUGUUACGAUGGCAGAUGAUGAUAGUUACUUUUAUCUUGGCACAUCAAGUGGUGAUGUCCUGAAAAUGAAUACAAAGAGUAAGCUGAUGACUGACUCUUGGCCCCAGAAGGAGAAGUUUAGCUUGGGAGUCACAGCUUUGCUUUUGCUGAAGACAGGAGAUUUAAUAGUCGGCACCGGAGGAGGGAUUGUAGCUCUCUGUAAAGGCUCAAGCUGCAAAGUAACAAAGAAAAUUCAAGUUCAAGGUGCUGUCACUUCCCUGACAUGUAGAGGUCAGGGUCACCAGUUCUUUGUAGGGACAAAUCAGAGCCAGAUUUAUCAAGUUAACUACACUGCGUUUAAAGAGGAGCUGAUUGCUGCCUCUCAUAACGAAGCCGUCCAUGACAUCGUUUUUCCUGUGGGAACUUCCGACUUGUUUGCUACCUGCUCCAAAAGUGAUAUUCGAGUGUGGCACACCCCAGAAAGCCGGGAGCUCCUACGAAUCGUCAUCCCCAACGUGACCUGCCAUGCCAUAGAGAUAACGCGGGAUGGCAAAAGCAUCAUUUCAGCUUGGGAUGACGGGAGAAUCCGUGCCUUCACACCAGAGACUGGACGGCUCAUGUACGUGAUUGACAAUGCCCACAGCGUGGGAGUGACGGCAAUUGCUGCCACGAGUGACUGUAAACGGAUCAUUAGUGGAGGAGGUGAAGGGCAGGUGAGGAUCUGGGAGAUUGGUGAAAAGACUCAGAAACUGGGAGAAGUUAUGAAGGAGCACGUGUCUGCGGUGUCCUGCAUUAAGAUGAAGAAGAACGACCAAGAGUGCGUCACAGCCAGCCUUGAUGGAAUGUGCAUCAUCUGGGAUAUUGUGCGUUUUGUAAAAAAACAAAUCCUUCUAGCCAACACGUUCUUCAAAUGCGUGUGUUACCAUCCUGAAGAGUACCACAUCAUCACCAGUGGCACAGACAGCAAGAUCGCAUACUGGGAAGUGACUGGUGGCUUUGUAAUCAGAGAAGUGGAGGGGUCUGUGUGGGGUUCCAUCAAUGGGAUGGACAUCACAUCAGAUGGGGCGUACUUUGUCACAGGUGGCGAUGAGCGCCUGGUCAAACUGUGGGACUACAUCGAGGCCGCAGUGACUCACGUCGGAGUGGGCCACGGUGGCAACAUCACCCGUGUCAAGCUGUGCCCUGGCAACAAGUACAUCGUGAGCGUGAGUGCGGAUGGGGCCAUCCUGGUGUGGAAACACCCCCACUCGCACUGA